AUGAGAAUUAUCACGUUUUAUAAUAAUAGUCAGGAUUUACUAUCGCACAAUGCAGCACGUCCCGCUCUGUGUAAACAAUGCACAGUGUCGAAUCAAGUACACACUACACUGGAUAAAGUCCGCUUAGUGUUAGCGACACACACUCGGGCGUCGAGAGCUGCCCUGCGGCUGCGGCGCGUGACGUGUGCUCCGCGCGGCGCGCCGGCGGCGACUGCGGCGGCCAGCGCCCGCGGGGCCGCGCACGCGCAGUGCUCGCCGCCGCCGACCAUAUUCCGCUUCCUCACUCUUUUAAGCCAAGCAGCUCGUGGUGAGCUAUCGUUGAGUGGCGAGACCGCCUGGACCCGAGGUCUCCCGGGGACGUGCAAAGUGCAACGCAAGAGCAGAGUGCUCGAAAGGGUGAGAAGUCCGCUCACCCGCAGCCCGCGACGGCCGCGACACGGUCCUAGCUCGGUCAUGAAUAUAUUAAAAGCGGGUUCCCCGCUCGCGGCCGCGCGGCGCUCGCUGUCGUACAGUUUCAUUUAUUUAUUUACUCCACUUCGGAAUGUGCGCCGCCGUCUUAUUUUACUAGCUAUAAAAAAUAUACAAAUCGCAAAGACGCCGACAUUACAGCGACCAGAGAGCGCAUCGCGCGGCGGCCCUCCGGCUACACUACGGCUAUUUCUCAUU